AUGACCAAAUACGCCCCGUCCCUACCCAUUGACAUCUGGUUGCUUGUAUUCGCCCAGGUCGACGACGACCUCUUUCUUUGGUCCACAUGUCGAAACGUCUCCCAGUUCCUGCGCGAUUGCGUCGACGAAUUCUUCGCUCACCGCGUCCUCCCCGGUGUACUCAUUGACCUUUUUUAUAGUGACAUCCACACAAUCAGCGGUCCAGAGUAUCACUAUGUCCAUGUUCCCAUGGUGUUCGAUCGUCUCGAGCGUCAUGGCCUGCGCGCCGUCUUCCAGCAACGGGCAUAUAAUAAAUUGCCACGCUGUCGUAUGACCGGAUCUCUGCAUGGCUGGGUACCAUUCAUCGAAAGAUACUGCGAGGAGGUGCACCGACAGAGGCCAAUCAUUCACAACAAGAGCAGCAGCGAUGCCGGCCGACCUCUAUGGGAGCAAGAGCAUGAAUAUCUUAGAAACACUCUCUUAAUAGGCGAAAAGGACGAUUACUUGCUGAACGUUGGCGACAUGACAGGCAUCGCCCGAGGCGAUCGACCCCCGUUCUACAUCAAAAUAUGGGAUAUUGUGGAUGAUACAGAUCUCGUGGGUCUGACCAUAGACUGCGAGAGACGAGAGAUCUCUUUCAAUUGGCGAAAGACACUCAACCUCUUCUGCCGCCAGCAGCUCUGGAUUGGCCCCAUCAAUGACUUCUCCGCCCAGCAUCGUGUCUAUGACAAAGAGCUUGACGCUGUUGCUUCGCUCUACAUGGAUCAGGAUCUGAUAUUCACUCGUUCAGGGCGUGCCCGCCAAAAACGAUUGCGGCCGUGGACUGUGAAGAACAAGCACCGCAUGAGUCCCGAAGUACGUCUCUGGACUGCACGGCGGAUCGAUAAUGAGAAGAACCGUCUCAAACAGUACCUAACGCACAGCAAUCUUCUUCCGCUUCCCGAAGACAUCGAUGAUUUGGAAGAAAGAGUGCCUCAGAGCCUCGCCCAAGAUCACCCUGAUUUACUGUUUUGGCCUUGGAUCGAUUCCGAUACGUACUUCAUCCCACCGCGGCGUUCCGCGCCUGCUAAGCUCACAUGUUGUUCCAUUCUCUGA